AUGACAAUAUUAUUGUUUAAUGGAGAAGAAGAUGCGUAUUGGUGGAUUCUUUGUUUUGAGAAAUUUUUUAAAAAGCAUGGAACACCUGAGUCAUUGAAGGUGUUGAAAGCUGUUGGAGCUUUGAGAGGUUCUGCUCUCAAAUGGUGGAUAUGGUGCUCUCGUGUUCAUCAUAAAUAUAGUUGGGAUAAAUUUACAACAACCUUGUUAUGGAGAUUUAAACCAGAAUGGAGAAAUUUUUUGCCAGAAGACGAAGAGGAUGAUCCAGCUCUGAAAUCAACUUAUGAAUCAAUGGAGUUCAUGGAUCCAAUCUCUGAAACUGUUGAAGAUGAUGUAGAAGAAUCAUCAUCAUCAGAUCUAUGUAGAAAAUCUCUUAAAAGUGACACCUUAGAUCGAACUUUAGCGGAAACAGAAGAAGAAUCGGAAGAAACAGAAGAAAACUGUCCAAAAGAAGAAAUAAUAACGAAAAAUGCAUCUCCGGCGACAAUUCUGACAUCUUCUCCAGCAACAUUUACCACUCCAACAACAUUAUCAGUAACUUCUUCGGCGACAUUUACCACUCUGAAAACAUUUCCGACAACUUCUCCAGUCCCAUUUUCAAAGUCUUCUCCGUUGAAAAUCCCGGCCUCAUUUCCGGCGACUACUUCAGCAUCAAUACAAGAACCAUCAAGUCUGCAACCAGAACCACCAAAACUACCAUCGAAACCUCCUGAGCUGAAACUGAAACCAAGGUAUGAAGCUUUCCAAGUCAUUCUGUUAAAAACAUCAAGCAAAAAUCUCUUCAACAAAGUUUCACAUUCGAUUAAUUCUACUAAAGAAAAAUCCUUCAACAAAGUUUCUAUAGUUGAACAUGUUUAUCUUGGUGGUGAUGUUGCUACCAUGGAUAAGCAAAUGCAUCAUCUGGGUAUUGUUGUUCCUGAUGAAUUCCCGUUGCCAUGUGUGAGUAGAGCUUAUGGUAGUUAUGCAGAGGUUUUGGAGAUUAAGAAGAUUCAUGGAUUGUUGUUUAAACUUGGUUUGGAAUUAUAUGUUGGAAGUGCUUUGGUUAAUACUUACUUGAAUUUUGGAUUGAUGGCUGAUGCACAUGAGGUGUUUGAGGAAUAUCCUGUUAGAGAUUUGGGCAAGACAAAGACCACACUUUUAUUUGCAACACCUAUCCACAACACCACAAUACACUCUCUAUAUAUCUUUCAUCCACCUACAAUCUCUGAUAUCAAUGUUAAACUUGUGGUUGAGCCUCAAUUCAAAAAUGGAGGGUUUCAUAAUGAAGCUGAUUUUGCGAUUCCUCCGAAACCACCAGAUCAAAUUGGCAUUCCAAUAUCGUCACUGUUCUUGCCGUGUUUUUCAAAACAAUUCAUACAACGAUGUCUGGAUAAGGAAGACAUGGAGAUUGUCGUUGGCCUUGGGUUAUACUCCACCAUUGUGAUUAUUGGACCACUUCAUGUUAUUAUGGUGAUAUCUACUAAAAUUAACUGGAGCAACCUCCACUUGUUUCCACUAAAGGUGCCAAUUGAAUCACACUUUAAUUUUUCCUUUAAGAAAUUGAGGUUCAUUUAUGAACAUGGGACUACUAGUAGUGGUGCCAAUAACCAUGAAUAUUCUUUUUUCACCAUAUCUGAGAACAACUUCAUAGGAACAACACAAUUUUGGAAUCCAGGUAAGAUUGUUAAGAGUUUACACAACAGACUUUUGUUGUCCUUUUAUAGCACUUCUCACAGGAGGCAUGAAGUUCUAUUUCUAUAUGAAUAUAGUAUACUGGUAGUGAAACUAUUGAGGAAUUAUUUCAGUAUUGGGUCACUACAGAAAAACUUGGAGAAUGUUGAGAUCAAGGAAGAAUUGAUUAAAGGAAGAAAACCAAUUUGUGUGUCUUUUAGAAAUGGAAAAGAAUGGGAUCUGGGUGGAGAGUUGGAUCUGAAUAUGGCUACUAAUUCUUCUUUCGAACAGUGGGAUCCAGGAAAGAUUAAUCUAGCAAUAAGAUUUUUUACAACCUUGAGGACAAGGUUGAUUUUGAAGGGGUGA